ACUUCCAUUCUCGGAUACACGGCGGGCGCUGGCGGGCGUUGCAUACUCUCAUCGUCGACAUGGUGCUCGUACUUGUAAUUGGCGACUUCCACAUUCCUCACCGUGUUCACGAUCUUCCAGCGAAGUUCAAGAAACUUCUAGUUCCUGGCAAAAUACAACAAAUCCUGUGCACAGGCAACCUAUGCGACCGAGAGACAUACGAAUACUUGCGUACUGUUGCACCGGAUGUACACGUAGUGCGGGGGGACUACGAUGAGAGUCCUUUCCCUCUGUCUGUUACCGUGACCCACUCGCCAAUACGGAUAGGCGUCAUACAUGGUCACCAAUGCAUUCCGACCGGAGAUUUGAAUUCUUUGAGUGCCAUUGCACGUCAAAUGGAUGUCGAUGUUCUUGUAUCAGGCCAUACACAUAGAUUUCAAGCCAUUGAACACGACAAACACUUCCUCGUCAACCCUGGUUCUGCAUCCGGGGCGUGGACCGGUACCUCCAAUGGCGAUCCUAUACCUUCAUUCGCUCUUAUGGAUAUCCAAGGUCCUGUUGUGGUAACAUAUGUGUACCAGUACAUAGAUGGCGAGGUAAGAGUGGACAAGAUUGAGUAUAGGAAGGAGGUAGAAGUCCACAAGGAGGCACCAAAGAGUACGGUGUUGCCUCAGAGUAUCCCAUCUAGCCCUACGCCUCCGCAGGCGCAAAGUGUUUGGUGAUCUCACUUCAAUUCCGGUCGACCCUAUCGUGAUUUUAUGUUGUGUAAUUCUACUCCUACUGUGUAUACCAUUUAUUUAUCGUUAGUCAAAUGAUACAACUGGGAACGUUGUAUCGCAGAGAUGCAACGCUUUGCUCCGUCGUUCGAUGGGAUCGUUCUUCCUCAAAAUAACUAGAUUCAUCAAAUACGCAAGUGAGUAAGCUACUGGUACGAUAGUUAUGUAUGUCGGGGAUUCAGAAUACGUUCUGAAUAGAUGGUAGAAGCUGGACGCUUUUAUGA